AUGCGGUCCCCGCGAAGAGAAGCGGCCUCAGCACGAAAGAAACGCCACCAGGAGCUCGCCGCGGAACGGCGGCAGCACAAGGAGCGCGCGGCGGAGGCGCGGAAGGCAACGGCCGGCGGCGGCGCCGGUGCCUUGGUCGCACGGUUCCAAAGCACCGUGGCGGCAUUUCACUUAGGGGACGGUGGUCAUCUCGACGCCGCCGCGCGCGCCAUCUUUACCGCGGCUGAUUCUUCGGCGGCCGCCGCGCGGGCGCUCUCAGAAGCCCGCGCGCCGGAGGCGCUCGCCGCCGCGCUGGCCACCAAGCCCGCCGCGACCGGUCAAUUGGGCUUGGCGUGCGGCGCCGUGUCCCGCCGCCUGCCGACCGUCGUGGCGAUUCGUGCCGUCGCCGAGAAUGAGAAUGCGGCGACGUCCGCUCAUUGGCUGAACGCGUGCGCGCGGGCGCUAGCCGUCCACUCGGCCGAGGACGGCGUCUGCGGCUCUACAAUGGCCCGAGCGAUCGCGUCCGCGGCACGGCAGAAUCUAGACGAGCCCCACCUCGUCUUACCGUCGCUCCACGUCCUCGACCGUCUCUACAAUGGUGUCGGAGAGCGACGCCCCUCGAUCAACUGCGGGCGCCGCGCGUCGCUUCUGCAGCUCGGCAUGAACGGGACGGGCCCGGCGCGGCUUCGUACCACGGACGACCGCCUCAUGUUCCAAAUCGCGGCGGCGCUCGACCGCUUGGACGACGACGACGUCGCAACGCACGCGUUCGCGUCGCUCGUCGCGGCGGUGACACGCCAUGUCCCUCGGACUGCCGCCGACGAAGCGCAACUCAAGUUAAUUAGGGCGCUGGCAGCGACGCCGAACGACGACGACGAAAACGACCUGCUCGCCUCGGUCCCAUCCACAGAAAUCGUCCGCCUCGCCAAGUCAGGCCGCCGCGCCGCCUGUGAUACGCUCGCUUACUUGCUCCAAAACGGUGGCGCACGGACAGCAGCGGUGAGGCGCGCGCUGCGUCGCGCGGGCGACGAUUCGCCCGAGCGCUGGCUGCGGGCCGCUGCGAGUCAAGUCGGUCGGAGCGCGCGGUCGUGUCUCCGGGUCGCUGGGGCCCUGGUCGCGAUGAAGGGCUCGGCGUCGCUCACAACCUCGCAAGCAAAUCGACGAACUGGUGACGUCGAGGAAUGCCUGCAAGCGGCGCAGCUCACCCUACAGACCGCCUCUUCGCUUAUGGCGUCGCCGCAGAACGUUGCCGCUGCUUUGAACGUGUUUGCUUCCGCGGCCGAUUCGGCGUGCCGCGCGGCGCGCGACCGGGCUUUGGCGCUCGCGAGAGCCUUUGAAAAUGAGUACGAAAAUGACCGGGCGCCGGGCGCGCUCGGCGAGAAAGCUGCAGCUCUCGCGCUCGCGACGCUCUCGGCGCCGGAGGCGGCAGCCGAUGCGUUGGAAGCCGCGCUCGGUCUGGGAGGCGGUGAUGCCCAGGCCUGCUAUGAGGCGCUUCGGCCCCGGAAAGCGGCCGAAGCGAUCGCAACCGUCGUUGACAACGCCGCGGCGAUUCUAGAUCAGCGCCGCAUCCAGAGCGACGACGGGGCGCCGCAGCUCGACUUCGCGGACGAGGGCGCGCACGCGGCGGCAGCCCAGGUCCACGCCUGGUGCCGCCUCGCGGCGGCGCUGCACUCCCACGAAGCUCGAGCGCGCCCGGCAGACCCGCUACUCCGCGAGGCGCUGCGGCCGGCAGUUUGUGCCGCGCGAGCGAGCCUCUCGGCCGCAACGCAGCUCGACCUCGACGCGUUGGAUAGAGCGGUGGCCUUUGUGGCCGCCGCGACGGGCGUCGACGACGACUCUUCCUCUGACGGCGUCGUUGACAGCGCCACCGGGCGGGGCGGCUCCGGUCGAGCCGAGGAUUUCCGACCGGAAGGUUCCGAACGUGCGCCAGCCUCGAAUUCGGCACGCGAAGAAGAAGAGGCCUACGCGGCUGCGGCCUACGACGAAGACCGGAACGGACAGACAGACACGAUGGCGCUCCGCCGGUCGCUCGAGGGCAGCCAAGUCGCGCUACGGAGGCUCGCCGCGGACCUCGGAUCGACCAACACGACGGUCGCGCCCGCGCCGCCGCCGCCGCCGCCACAGGACGCGCUCCGUCGCGCGCGUGCGCCGGACAUCAUCGCCGUCGACGAUGCCGUACCGGCGGCGCGCGACGACGUCGCCUUCGACGUGGCGCCGGCGGACCCGCGGUCGCCGCGGCCCGACCGGUCGCCGGCCUUCGCCGCAUCCAUCAAGCGACCGGCCUUCUUCGCCGACAGUGAUGAAGCUGCUUUCCGUCCCGGCGGGCCCGUGCAGCACACGCCGCCCCGAUCACCGGUCCAGCGCGAGGUCUUCGCUGACGACUACGACGAGGCUGAGGAGGCCGUUGAGACUGAUGACGGUCAGACUGCGGACGACGAGGAGGACGACGAUGUCUGUGCCGCUUGCGGUCAGCCGCCGACAAUGCGUUGCCCGUGCCUCACAGCGUCCUACUGCUCACGCGAGUGCCAGCGCGCCCACUGGCGCACGCACAAACGCGCCUGCCCGCUGCGCCGGUCGCGAGCGUCCUCGCGGACCGCCUCCGAGGUAUCGGUCGCCGCUGAGCCUGUAGUAGCGGCGCAAUCGACUCAAAUCGGCGACCGUCGGAGCGCCGUCGAGGGAGAGGCCUACGCCGCGUCGACCGCGGCGACUUAUGAUGGCUCGACCGCGUCGGGCGCCGAUGCGGACACCGAUGAAUGGAGCAGAAGCCGGGCUUACUCGGCCGCGUCAGCACCAUCGACCGCGGCGGUCUACGACGGCUCGGCCGCGUCGGGCGCCGGUGAAGACACCGACGAAGGGAGCCGCGAGGGACCCGCGCGCAGUCGCGAAAGCCCGACCCGCGACGACGUCACGGCCGCGCGGCUCGCGGCCGCGCGCCAGGCCCAGGCCCCGGCCCCGGCCGACGGGAGCAGCACGCCGCGCGCCGAGUCGCCGCAGGAGAAGUUCGUCCGCGUCUGGUCUGCGGCCGACGAGGCGGCGGCGGCCGAGGUCUUCGACCUGACGACGCCGCACGAGGCCCGCGACUUCGACGCCGCUGUCGACGACGGCAUCGAGGACGUGCGGCGGGACUUACGGGGGAGCAUCCGGCUGGCGCCGAGCACGCCCGUCGACGACGCCGCUGGCUCGCCUGCAGCGUCGCGCGCGGCCGGCGAUCGCAUCCGCGAGGCGUUUGAGUCUCGGUCGCGCGAGGCGCCAGUCCGGACGUCCGCCGAGGAGGGCCAGUCCCGGGAGGCGGCCGUCCGCGUCCGGGAGGCCUACACGGCGCGGUCGCGCGACGAGCCGGUCCUGAUGGACGCGGGCGACCGCGAGGAGCCCGCCCUGACGGACGCGGCCCUCGACGCGCUGCUCCCGGCCGAGGGCUUCGCGACGCUGGCUCCUCCUUCGCCGCGGCGAUCGUCGCCCCGCUUCGCCGACGAGUUCCCGAUGGUCGCCGACGCCACGGCGGCAGUGUCGAGCUUCCUCUUCGGGGGGACGCCGCCGCGCGAGGGCCGCGCGGACCUCCGUCACGACGAGCGCCGCGCGGACGAGGCCGCGCCCGCACGGGUCGAGGACGCCGACGAGUGGAGCCAGGCCGUCGACGACGCCGGCGUGCCGUACUUCGUCUCGGCGACCGGGGAGACGGCGCGCGCCGCCCCGGCGGCCUGGCUCCGGGCCGCGCGCGAAGAGCCGGGCGAGGGCGCGCAAAUCCGGUCCCGGGGCAACUGGGUCGAGGCGCUUGACACAUCGUCGGGCCGCGUCUACUACGCAAACGGCGCGGGCGCCGUGCAGUGGACGCGGCCGACAGUCUUUGAUGACGACGACGACGAGGACGAGGACGCGCCGCAGUGGGUCUCGGCGGCGCGGCGAUCGGACGAGUUCGACGACGGCGACGGCGACGCGCGCCGCCGCGCGAGCCGCCGGUCGAGCACCGAGCUCGACUACCGCGGGCCCGCGCGUUCGACGCCGUCGGCGGCCGCGCGGCUCUUCCCCGGCGCCGGUGCCUCGUCGCCGCCGAGCGCGACGCGCGACGUGGGCGUCGGGGGCGCGUCGGCCUCGGUCCAGAGCGUCGGCAGCGGCGCUGCGGUGGUCGUGCAGAGCGUCGGAAGCGGGAACGCGUCUGCGGCGGUCCAUAGUGUCGGCAGCGGCGGCGCAUCGGCCUCUGUUCAGAGCGUCGGAAGCGGCGGCGCAUCGGCCUCUGUUCAGAGCGUCGGGAGCGGCGUCGCAUCGGCGGCGGUCCAGAGCGUCGGGAGCGGCGUCGCGGCGGCGACGACGGCGUCCGUCGGCACUGUGGCGUCGCCCGCGGUGCGCGACCAGAGCAGCGGCGGUCUUGCGUCGGCCCAGACGGCGUCCGUCGGCGUCGGCCGCGCGGCCCCGGCCGUGGCGUCGGUCGGCGUCGGGCGGCGCGCGUUCGCCGAGGUGUCGAGCGGCUCCGACGACGACGACGCCGCCGCGGCCCCGGCGCCGCCCCAGCGCGCCACCGCGGCGACCUCCACGGGCCCGCCGCCGCCGCGCACGCCGCCGCCGGCACGAGCGACCGCCAGCGCCGGCAAUAGCACGCCGCGCGCGUGGGGCCGCGCGGACGCGUGGGUCGGCGACGACAGCGGCGACGACGACGGCCUCGAGGCGCUGCUCCAAGGGCACGAGGCCGGCCGCGGCACCGUGCCUCCGCCCAGGGUCGACGACGAGCCGGCGACGGACCCCCCAUCCCGGAGCAGCUUCGCCGCCGCAACCGACGACGACCAAGAGGACAUCUCCGUGCACGCGUGGCGGUCCGUGUCGUCGGGCAGCUCGCGGCCGUCCGCGGGGAGCCCCCGCGCGCCUGUCCGGGAGAUCGCCUCAAAGAAGUCGCCGGACCACAGGCGCGGCUCGGCCGACCUCCAGGCGCGGCUCAGCAAGCUCCCGGGCUCUCCGACGAGUCCGGACCGCAAACAGGGCUCGGCCGACCUGCAGGCGCGCCUCCGCAAGCUCCCCGGCUCUCCGGCGGGACGUCCGGCGCACAAGCGGGGCUCGGCCAACCUGCAGGCGCGCCUCCGCAAGCUCCAGGCCGCGGCCCACAAGGUCGGGGCGCGCCCGGCGGCGGCGCGGUCGCCGACACGGCCGUCGCCACGCGCCGUCGAGGAGGCCGACGCGGCCUACGUGUCUCCGCGCUUCCUGCGGCGCGGCGACGGGCGGCGGUGUGCCGACGCGGCCGUGCUCGGCCAGGAGCUGCGGCGCCAGGACCAGCGCAACAAGACCGUCCUCCGGAGGCGAACGUCGAUCUUCACGGCGGCCCUCGAGCUCAAGAAACUACGGGCCCAGGGCGGCGCGCUCCACUACCGCGUCUGGGACCCGCAGUCCGGGGUCGACACGUCGUGGCCGAAGAAGUACACCGGGCCCUUCGACUACGUGCCCGGGUCGGGCUCCAAGCCGCACGCGAAGCCAGCACCUACCUUCCGCUGGCGCCAGCGCGCCGACGACGAGGGCUUGCCCUAUUAUGUUGAUUCAAAGACGGGCGACACCGUCCGCGCCGCGCCCGAGGCCUGGGUCGCCUUUACGCGAGAGAGAGGAGACGAUCUACCAACCGGCGUCGUCCGGCGCGUGGGGUCCAUCUGCGAGUACCUCGACGAGAAGUCCGGUCGUGUGUACUACCACGAUUCUGCGACGAGCUCGACGGCCUGGGCGCGGCCCGCCGCGUUUGCUGAUGAGGAGGAUCGGGCUCAUGCAGUGGCGCCGCGGUCGCCGAACCGCCUCGGUGGGCUCAGAAACGCGCUGCGGCGGCGCGCGGACGUCCUUGCGAUCAUGGAGCGCCUCAAGGGGGCGUCGGUCAAGCUCGUGCCGCCCGAGAAGCGGAACCUCGUUGAAAUGAUCGACGCGCCGCCGGACUUCGCGGAGGCGCUCUCUGGCGUGCAGGCGGCGGUCGAAGCCGACGACGCGUCGGGCGUCCUUGCUGCCGUGCAGCGCCUGGUCGUCGCGUACGACAACCUGGCGGGACGCGUCGACGACGCCGCGGCGCGGGCUUUGCACGCGCUCGUGGAGCCGGUGUUGGGGUUGGUGCGGAGAGGGGUGUAA